AUGCAAGCUGCCUUCUCCAUGCAAGAUGAUGAUUUGGGGAUAAGAGAUAACAGGUAGGCUGAUAUCUACUCUUCCAAAAAUCCAGUGUGGAAAAUGCUGGACAGUUUGCAAAGGCAGCCCCAGGUGGGCCUAAGAAAGGUCAUAUGAAAGUCCCCUUUCUUUCCAAUUGCCUCUCUGUCAAACUUUGCUGCUUUGUUUUGGAGGGUCAGCAUUUCAGAGCUGGAAGAGUAAGGUAGCAAUUAGCCAACCUGCAACUGUGCUCUCCCUCCAUGAGGGAGGCAAUUCAUAUAACAAAGGCGGUUGUUGAAAAGCAUAGAACCUGCAUGUUUCAUGACUACACCUUGCUGAACAAUCUGGCUUCUUGUGCCACUUCUCUCUCAGACAGGAAUGCCUUUUUUGUAAUCAGCAGACACUCAGGAGUUGGUUAAGCCUUUAAUUUGGGGGGGGGGGAUCACAGCAUCUGGGGGCUGCUUUUGCUACUGGCAAAGGAACAAGAGUGUGUUCAACGGAAGAAGCUAGAAGGGUGGAAGACAGCAGUGCCAUCCCAGCAAUGUAAACAUCAUGCUUCAUGCAUGGCACAGACUGUGGGUUGCCCGCUAAUUCUGAGGAAGUGGCUAAUUUUGUCACCUUACGUCAGUCAAUAUGUAUCUUAAUAUUCCCUCUGAGUCCGCAAACAUUAACAGCAAAGGAAAUAACAAAUAACAAACUGUUAUAUCUGAAUUGAUAGGGCUCAAGUGUGUGCAGCAGAUGUGAAAAGAAAAGCCGGGAAAGCAAGUUAGAAAUCACUAGGCAAUGGAUUGUCUGGGGAACCUUUCUCAGCAAAUUAUUUUAAAAAUUCCCAUUCCUUAUUAAAAUUUUGGUCUUCCUGAUUUCUGAUUCUUCCGGUCAUGUUAGUCAUUUCAGCAUAAUCCAAUUGGAUCUGCCAUUCUUCUCUAGUUGGGACUUUAUCUUCUUUCCAUCUCUGUGUUUUUCAUAGCUGCCGCACACCUCUUCAUUAAGCUGUCCAUUCUGACCUCAAGGUCUCAUUCCUCCCUGUUGUUUCAUACCCUGCAAUUCUGUAUGUGAAACUGAGAUUUUUUGACCCAUCUUCCAUCACUUGUUUACAGUGAAUUGCGUUUGCCAUUUUACAGCCCAUUAACUCAGUACAGCGAGGUCCUUUUGGAGCUCCACAAUAUCUUCUUUUUUUGUUUUUUUGUUUUAACUUCCCUCCCCCUCAGUCUGUUCUUGAUCCUUCUUGCCUCAGGGCACGGACAUCGAUUGUACAGUUUAAUGAGCUAUUUAUUGAUAGGAUUACCUCAAGUACCUCUGAGAGAUGCUCAGAGAAGCAUUCUUUUAAAAUUUAUUUUCCUAUGUAGCACCAUUCAAAAUUACUACCUUACACCCCCCCCCAUAUAUCUAUUUGCAAUUAAGUAAUAAUGAGCCAUAUAGGUAGGAAGACAGGAUAAAAAACAUAGCCAUUAAUAGCUGCCUUUAUCAGAGUUCAAGGGAAUGCAUAUUUCAGCACAUCAGAUCAGACAAAUGCCACUCGUAUAAUGGCCUGGGUUCGAAAACACUGUUAAGUUUGUGGUUUUAAUAUCAUUAUCACUUGCAUGAAACCUAACCAGCUCGCAUGGCUGGCAAACGAGCAAACACAGCAGGAGCUUACACUGAAGGUCAAACCCAGCAGAGCUCACAUUAAAGGUCGAUUGCUGCAAAAGUCUCCACUGUCUCAGCUGGUCACCCUAUCUCAGAAAGUACUAGAAAUCAAAGAGGUGGAAAAGACAGGGGAAAGGGACAACCAAAAUGAGAAUGGAGCACAUUUUCCACAAGGAAAGGCAGUUGGGGCUUUUUAGAUUUAGAUUAACAGUUCAUCUAAUGAAUGGCAACAUAGCAGAUUCAGGAAGGAUAAAGGAAAGCUUUUUGGGGGGGGGGGUUGCACAACAUGUAAUUAACUUCUGUGCCAGCUAUUAAAUGCCUGCUGAAAUUUCUUCUCUGCCACCAGGCCUUUGCAGGGAGUACAUCCCCCACAAUGGGUUCCCGAUCCUUUUAAAAAACUUUUUUGUUCUUAACUUAUUAAAAAACUUUUUAUGCUUUUAUUGUAUGGUUUCUUCUUAUUUUUGCUGUUGUAAACCACACUGACAUCUUUUGUGAUAGGGCGGUGUAUAAGUAUUUUUUUUAAAAAAAUAAUACAUUAAAUGGAUUAUUCUCACUAUCACAGGAUGCAGCUAUGGCUUCUGGUUUAGAUAACUUUAAGAAAGCGCUAAGCAAAUCAAUGUAGGAUGGGUCUGUCAACAACUGUUGUCCACAAUAGCUAAAGAGAAGCUCCAGAUCUAGAGACAGCAUACCCUUUUAGAUCAGAUGCCAGAGAUAAGUAAGAACGGAGAGCCCUUGUUUAUCUUGGGCAUUUCUAGGCGACUGCGGUCAGUUAGGAUAUGGGCUUUGACUCUGUGAAGAGAAGCCUUCACCACGGGAAUGAGGAAGCAGAAACUGCUUAUCUAGCAGAGACAAGAUUCUGUAAAAUCUUGGUUGGAUAUAUCGUAUUUUUCCAUCUAUAAGACGCCCCCAUGUAUAAGACACCCCUAUUUUGGGGGACUCAGAGUUAAGAAAAUGGGGGGAGAUGUAUCCGUGUAUAAGACGCCCCCUAAUUUUUGACAUUUUUUUAAGGGGGGGGAACUAGUCUUAUACACGGGAAAAUGUGGCAUGUGUAAAGUGCUGUGUUUUAUGAGCAUUUACUGUGAACACAUUUCCAUCUAAUACUAAUAAAUGGGACCACAGGAAGAAAUCUUUUGGUAUUUAGCUGUGAAAAACAACUAACCAUUUGCGAGAGAAUCAUAGAGUUGGAAAGCAGCCAAGGGUCAUCUCACCCAACUCCCGGCAAUACAGGAAGCUAAAGCAUCCACGACAGACCUCUUAAAAACCUCCAAGGAAAGAGAGUCCACCACCUCUCAUGGGAGUCUGUUCCACUGCCAAACACCUUUUACUGUCAGAAAGUUUUUCUGAAUGUUUUAGUUAGAAUCUCCUUUCUUGUAACUUGAAGCCAUUGGUUCAAGUCCUACCCUCCGAAGCAGGAGAAAACAAGCUUGCUCCCUCCUCCAUGUGACAGCCCUUGAGACAUUUGAAGAUGGCUAUCAUACCUCCCUCCUUCAUGGAUCACUGCCUUAUGGUUUUCCCAGUAGUGAUGUAUGGAAGUGAGAGCUGAACCAUAAAGAAGGCUGAUUGCCAAAGAAUUGAUGCUUUUGAAUUAUGGUGCUGGAGGAAACUCUUGAGAGUCCCGUGGACUGCAAGAAGUUCAAGCCUAUCCAUUCUUAAGGAAAUCAGGCCUGAGUGCUCACUGGAAGGACAGAUCCUGAAGCUGAGGCUCCAAUAAUUUGGCCACCUCAUGAGAGGAGAAGACUCCCUGGAAAAGACCCUGAUGUUGGGAAAGAUGGAGGGCACAAGGAGAAGGGGACGACAGAGGACGAGAUGGUUGGACAGUGUUCUUGAAGCUACCAACAUGAGUUUGACCAAACUGCGGGAGGCAGUGGGAGACAGGAGCAUAGCUGCCAACUAUUCCCUUUUCUUGUGAGGAAUCCUAUUCGGAAUAAGGAAAUUUCCCUUUAAAAAAGGAAAACGUUGACAGCUAUGGACAGGAGUGCCUGGAGUGCUCUGGUCCAAGGGGUCACAAAGAGUAGGACAUGACUAAAUGACUAAACAACAACAAUCAUAUCUCCUCUCAGUCUCCUCUUUUCCAGGCUAAACAUAUGCAGCUCCUUCACCCUCAUAAGGCUUAGUUUCCAGACCCUUGAUCAUCUUGGUUGCCCUCCUUUGCACAAGUUCCAGAGAGAGUGGCGAUUAAAUUUAGAUUAGAUGUCUUAUCAGAGCUUGACAAAUACGCAUCUGGCCCAGCUAAUAGUGACAAUGUAUGAAGAUGAUAGAACAGCUCUCUACUUUCUGAUACUCUUAUUUGUUGUUGGCAAGAGAAUGGUAUCUUAUAUUUCAUUUCAAUGCUUUUUUUUUUAAGCAGGGAGUUUCAUUGUCACUAUUGUUUGCACAUGAACCCUAAAAAUUCCAGGCAGGAAAAUGUUUCACAUGCAUGGUGGUUCUGUAUUACAGUUUUAUGGCAUAGCUAUAAAAGAAAGGAAAAAGGAAAUGCUUCCUGUUUCAGUAUACUGGCCCUGGCUACAUUUAGGGUAAAGAUCUGUGCAUUCUGAGAAAUAUAGCAGGAUCAACAAAGAAGAACAAUGUUGUCAUAAUGACAUUUCUCUUAGCACAAAGAUCCCUGCUUCCGCACAUUGUCAGGGAGCACGACUGGUGAUGUGUAAUGAAAGGGCAAUUAGGUUCGACAGGCAGGCAGUCCAGGCUGGUAGCAACAGUAAGUCUUUAUUACGGGAAUGUCUUAAUGCUGUGUUCAGUUGAAUAUAUAUAUAUAUAUAUAGCCUUCAUGGUGAUCUUGACCAGCAUCUACUGCCUGAUGUGGCUGCCUCCCUCUGCCUCAUGCUGCAACUCUGGGUGCUGUUCCCCUCAGAUUGAGAGACAUUUCUCCUCAAAGGCCAAGCAGAUGUGCUCAUUUGCUGAUAUGUGUUGAGGGUUGCACAUGCUUUUUCGUACGUUUCUUCUGUUUCUGUAGUACAGUGGUACCUCGGGUUACAGACGCUUCAGGUUACAGACGUUUCAGGUUACACACUCCACUAACCCAGAAAUAGUACCUUGGGCUAAGAACUUUGCUUCAGGAUGAGAACAGAAAUCACGUGGCAGCAGUGGGAGGCCCCAUUAGCUAAAGUGGUACCUCAGGUUAAGAACAGUUUCAGGUUAAGAAUGGACCUCUGGAAUGAAUUAAGUUCUUAACCUGAGGUACCACUGUACAUACAAUGGGGGAGAAAUUUUGUAAUCAUUGUUACUAUGGACCAAAUUUUCUCAAUCUAUUCAGAUAUAGUAGGAGAAAUGCUUCCCGCCCCCGCCCCCAAUUGUAGCUAUUAUAUUCUUUGCAGCAGCUAUUAGAUGAAACACUAUUUCUUCAGCAUUUCCUGGAAUAACAUGUUUUAGAAAACCAAGCAGAAAUAUUUUGGGUUCCAAGUGUAUACGGAACUGCUAUUUUAAGAUAUCCUAUACUCUCCAUUACUUUUCUUGCAGCUGCCCAGAACAUUGUCAUGAAGCUACAUCAGUACAACAGAAGGAAGUGGUGUUCCUAGCACUCACUCUGAUGUUUUUGGGUAGGGCCAGAAACAGUGGAUGUUGGUCUAUUGGGAUAAAUGAGACUCUGUCCUGCUGACCUCAUUCUGCCCUCGGUCAGCCCCAACACCUCCUGAGCAGCAUGUUUUUCUUGCCUCCCAAGUCUUAACUUCACUGCAACAGGUCUAGUUUUUGAGUGACCUCACAUUUUUUCUGAAUGCUUGGUAGUUUUACACACACCCAGUGUGAGAGAGAGCAGCAGCAGUUUUCAAACCACAAAACUCAUACUUCAUUACCUUACAUUGAAUUGUGGGUAUAAAUAACUGGCUUUUAAAAUGUAAUUCUUUUUGGUUGUGAUCCAAAACAUCUGGGAAGGCUGCUUUCGACAGGGGGGGUGAACUGGGUGGUCUCCCCCAGCUGCACGCAUCACGCCAGGCUCUGCAGAAAGCGGCUUUUGUGUUGCUGCGGGUCACAACUUCAGGCAUGCUUUGCUGCCUGUGUGCACUGCACCCCGGGGCAUAGUGUGCUCUCGCUCUCUGUGACGAUUGGAGGCUUUGCUGGGCUAUACUGCAGCUUGUGGUCAUUCUAAUCUGGCCCACUGUUUCUCUGACUCAAACUACAAUCAGGCAACCCACUAGCUGUUUCAAUAUGUGUGGGGAAGUGGGAGGGGAGAGGAAAGGGGAGGGAGCUACCGCACACUGUAACAGCCCUGGAGCAUUGGCUUCUGUGCUCUUAGAAAUUCAGCGGCAGGCUAACGGCGAGACAAAACUUAAGAGCAGAGGAGAGAUACUCCAGCUGACCGCCGUCUCUUGCCUCUUCUUUGCUCACUUCUCCUUGCAGGUAACACUAUGAUUCCUUCUCUUCCUGGAUAUUGCCUUCCCUGUGACUUUUUAUUUAUUGAGUGGGGAACAAGAAAAAUAAGAACCCAUUUCUUUGACAUCUUGUGUGUGCCCAAUCACCAUGGGAGCACACAAACUGUGUGUUUGUGUAUGUAUUGCUGCAGACCCUUUUCUUAUCUAUAAUGGGGCUACAUCUCACCUGUUCUCUUGACAAUGCAGUUGUCAGAGUAUUUAAGAGGAAAAAGUUGCAGAGGGGACUGUCUCCCUCAGAAGCUAGCUGCGCAAAUGGAAAGAGUGGAGGGGCAGGCUCACACCUGCCAAUUUAUUUUGAUUAUAAAAUAAGCAGUGCAUGCAUUGCUCUGAAAGCCUCUUUCCCCAGGGUUUAUGCUUCCUUGUGGAUUUUGUGAUGGAUUUUAUUUGUAGUAAUACUAUCUGCUUUUGUUUCAUGGGAAUUGCCCUCUAUUCAGCAUAAGCAGGGGUGCCUCAGCUGUUGAACGCAUAGUUUCUAUUUAUCUUUAUUCAGUAAUGCAUGUGUAUUUCACUGGACAUUGUGUUUCAGGUACACUGGGGAAAACACAACAAAAUUACUUCUAAAAAAGAAAAAGAAAGAAAGCAUCUUUCUCACACAGUCAAGGUUGCUUUGAGAAACACUCAUCCGCUGAUAUUCUUCAGAAAGGUUUCUGUGGUACAUCUGCAGGUGUGUGUGGCAAUUUCAUAGUGCUCCCUCUGAUUUCUAAGAGGCGCAAUGGAAACUACCAUAGGAUCUUGUGGUGGGAUUUUAGUAAGCACUUGUGCUGACUUCUAGGAAUUGAUGCACUCUGAGGCCAUGCAGCCAUGCAAGUUAGGAGAAUUUGCUGCUAUCGUUUACUUUAACCACAAGCACAGCACUCUUCCCAACACGGCAUGGCUUGUCCACUUGGCUGGAUCUGCACCUUCCAGAACCACUGUUCUGAAGCAACAGGAAGGGAAAGGGAAAAUUAGAAAGUGCCUUGAAAAUAAGAGAUAGUGUAAUAUGGGGCAGUCCAGCAGAAAUUUGUGGCAACCUUAUGACCAUAGAACACAUGUUUAUUGCAAACAACAGUCAACAUUUUGGAACUGAAUCACAGCACACAAAAGAAACAUUUGUAAGUUUCCCUCUAGAACCAUGAGGACUUUUUCUUAAUGUACACUAAUGUACACUAGAAUUUUUUCUUAAUGUACACUAUCUCAUUCUGAAUAUCUCCAUAUAAGUCUUAAGAGUUGAGGGGGCUGGAAGGUGUGAGCAGAUCAACACCAAAUUAAGGAAGGGAUAGCUUUGUUAAGAUGGGAACAAAUUUAACGAAAUAUGUUAUGCUCAGUCUUUUUAAUCAGGGGCCAUUAUAGUUCCAGUUACAUGAUAAUGGACCCUUAAGCAUGCUCUUCAUAAAAUGCUGGUUUAUUUCCUUCUCAUUUUAUGCUUCCCUGCUGUUCCUAUAGCAAGAGAAAAAAUAUUAAGCACCCCCACUCACUUUCUCUAAUGUUUCAUGCUCUAAUUCCAUAUGGAACCCAAGGUGCCAUGGUGGAAGCUAUUUAUUCUGGCAAUGUGGGAUAAUGAUGAUUGAGGGAAAGGCAAAUGUGACGCCCCAGACAUCAUGGGCUGGGUGUGAAGGAUGUGUGCUGGUAAAGAGUGAUGUCUAAACCACAAUGAAAAUAUAUUUCAGCUGAGAGUGCUGAGCUGUGGCUGCCCAAUGCAAUUUGCUGGCAGUUCCUGUUGACUGCCCCAAUGUCGAGCCAUACUGAUUCACAAAGCUACCUGUUUGGAAGUUGAAGAAACGAGCAGUAGGAAGAAGAGAGGGAAAGAAGGGAGGGAAGAAGAGUAGGAAGGAGGGAAAAUCCAAUGCUCAAUAGAUAUUGGCAUUGAUCAAGCUAUAGAGAAAGACAAAUAAGCCAAAGGACCCCAUCCAACACUGCAUUUUUUAAAAAAACAAAACAAAACUGUGUUGUUAUGAGCUUUAUAAACUAUCCUGGAUUUUGAAUUAAAGGGUGAUAUAAAAAUGUUUCCAAUAAAAAGAUUGCAAUGGUGGAACAUAUUAAAUCCACAGCUGCAGGUGUUUUCUGAAAAGGUCCAUAUGAGUCCAAAGCAAACACUUAGAGCAUGGGUAGGCAAACUAAGGUCCGUGGGCCGGAUCUGGCCCAAUUGCCUUCUAAAUCCGGCCCGCGGACAGUCCGGGAAUCAGCGUGUUUUUACAUGGGUAGAAUGUGUCCUUUUAAUUAAGAUGCAUCUCUUGGUUAUUUGUGGGGCAUAGGAAUUCGUUCAUUUUUAUUUUCAGAAUAUAGUCUGGGCCCCCACAAGGUCUGAGGGACAGUGAACCGGCCCCCUGCUGAAAAAGUUUGCUGAUCCCUGGUUUAGAGAGAAGGUCAAAGCAGUUACUCUUCAGAUGUCAAGUACAUCAGGAAUGCAAUGCUCUUAUAUCCAUUAGCAACCAAGAACCAUGGAAGCUUAGCAAGGUGUCGAUUUUUAACUGUGUCUGUGCAUAAAAUCCUUUGUGGGUCAGCUAGAUAUUGCCUGCUCCAUUUGCAAAAUGGUGCAUUAAUGAGCACACAUACAUGGGUAUCUAUGUAUGUCACCUACAGACACAUAAUUUGCAAACUCAUUUCCCUAGAGCCAUGUUGUGUCACCUCUGCGCUGAUAUCAAGGGAGAAAUCAGCACUAGGGCACAGCCUCCAUUCUAAGGUGAGAAGCACAAGUUUGCACUCAUGGCAAGAUAGAAAUAGUUAAUAGAUGUGGAAAGUGCAUACAGCUAAAAUAAUACAGGCAAUGCAGAUAAGGCACAGCCUACACCAACAGCAAUUUGACAUAUUCUACAGGGUGGAGAGAGAUGAAUGCCUGCUUGGGAACUGCACUGUGCAGGGGUCAGAGGAACCUAUGAAGGCUUGCCUAACUUUGGUUUCCCAUCAGAGUCUUCUCUCUGGUUGUUUGUGGAGGACAAGGGCAGUGGCAUAGUGGUGGGGUGGGGGGUGUGCAAAAAAUUUCAAGGGCAAGGGAUGCUUCCUCACCUCCAAACAUUGGAGGUUGAUGACCCAACCAACAACCCUUGUUUGCCUAAAAUGGCCAUGUAUGCAUGUCCAAGGAAAACAACCCAGACGCAAGAGCUGCAAGGGAAGGUGAGUUGCGGGUACCCUCUUUGGGAGCUGCGCCCCUCCCAGGCUGCUCCUACCUGCAGCUGCCGGCCAGGGCUGCACAGCUGCCCUUUAUGCGCUCCUCCCAGGUCUUGCUGCUGCUGCUGCUUUGGGUCUCGUUGGCUCAGUUGGCAUAUGGCAUAGCAAUUGUGUGUGUGUGUGUGUGUGUGUGUGUGUGUGUGUGUGUGUGUGUGUUUCUUCAGUUCUUUCAUGACUUAACAUUGCUGAAUAAGAUGUGCAGCUUUUUAAAAACAGAAAGGCAAUUUUAAAUGUGGGGAAUCAGCUAUGAAGGAAACCUGAUUGCUGCAGAGGGGGUGCAAUACUUGCCUUGCCCUGGGUGCAAGCAGGCCUGCUAUGCCUCUGGACAAGAGUCCUCUUGUUAUCAGAGAACCAGAGGGACUGAUCCCCAAGAAUUUGUACCAAACCACUCCAAGGAUCCUUAGUUCUAACAGGGCUUGGGCGUUGCUACAAACACCUGAGAGAGACUCCUACUCCUUCUACCUUCUUUGGAAUGGGUAAUCAUGUAUCUCUGUCCCUCUCAUUUUCCUGAUGUUGCUCUCCUCAAAGUAGAGUUUAUCUCUGUUACGGUCUGCCAGGUCCCUACUGUCUUUCCAAGUGAUCUGGACUACAACUCCCAUCCGCCCCAGCCAGCAUGACCAAUGACCAAUGUUAAUAGGAAAUGUAGUCCCAAAUGCCCAGGGGGUACGGAGCUGAGGAAUACAGAUGUCUGUUGGAAAGUUUGGUUUUCUUUGGCUGCAAAUGCCAUAAAAGAUGCUGUGGUGGACUAGGCCAGCAUAGGCAUGGACACAUUGCUACUGGGAAAGGUCUGCUUUAGGAGACUGGAGGGCGCUGGUUGAGUCAAGGUGCUGCAUUUUCAGACCCUCCAAGUGUCCCUGUUUUCCAGUUGUGGAUCUACAGAAGCCAUCCUGUUUUCUGAUUUGAUUGCAGAACGUCCUAUUUUUCCUUAGGACAUCCCUAUUUUCCUCAGAUAAAUGUUGAAGGGUAUGGAGUUAUGCAACCCACAAGCCAAGGAGAUAAGUAUAGAAGACAUUUGAAGGCAGCCCUGUCUAGGGAAGUUUUUUUAAUGUUUAAUGUUUUGUUUUGUUUUAUAUAUAUAUGUCCAGAGCUGUCCAGAGUGGCUGGGGCAACCCUGUCAGAUGGUGUUUUCUUUUACAAAUAACAAAAUUAUGAUUAUUAUUAUUUAGAACGUCCCUAUUUUCAUUGGAGAAAUGUUGGAGGGUAUGCAUUUUAAGCCCUCUGGGUUAAGAAGAGAUUAUAUCAAGAAGCUGUAGCCUCAUCUUUGCACACACAGUUUCCUGUCUGGCAGUUGUAACUUGUUUCUUCACGGUCACUACUGUGAUGUCAACACCUCUGUGUGGGUGUAAACAGAAGCCUUAUUGCACCUCACACACACCUCAGCCACUUAGAAGUAAGAGUAAGUUCUCAUUCUCUCGGGAGCAAAACAAGGCACAAGACGGAUUCAUUUUGCUAAGGUGUUACCUCAACUUGUUUUGAUAUCUGACAGCGGAAGGCAAGUCAUUUUGAAAAUACACCACUGCCCUCUUUAAGAGCACAUUCACAGUUAGAAUUGUAACCAUGUCAACAUGUGAAGUACGUGGGACAAAUUCCAUGCCCGUUACAUCGACAUUGUUAACCUCCCUGAGAAACUUUGUUAAUAUGGGGAUCUAAAAAUAACCUAAGUAAAUAAAUACAAUGUUAUAUUCAGCAACCAUGCAACAAGAUGGCAGUCCGAUGAAAGACUGCCAUGUGCAGAAUAUGGCAGAAGUAUUUUUGCAAGUCAGUUAUAUGAUGCAUAGUUAGGACUAAUUCGUACAACUGUUAUUGCAUUUCAGGAAUAUAGAUUAAAUGCAUCUGACUUAACUUGAUGCUAUGGAGAAGCAGCCUGCAGCUCUGCCUGUGUUUUCCUUGCAAAGAUUCCAACACUAGAUUGACAAUGAACUGGUAAACGUUGCUUAAGAUGUAAAGUGUAGGAAAACCAGCACGCAAUUGCUGUACCAAGAUCCCAGUACAUCCUGGAUACGCUCAGAUCAAAAUUUCUGCCUCAUUAGAAUGGUUGGCUUGUGUUAACUUUUACUAUGUAUGCAGGUCAACUCCUCACUGGAUUUGAAUCGUACUUUUCAUCCUGACAACCUGACCUAUGAAUUCCUUUAAAAACUUUAUCUGUACUCAUGGCGGGAUCUAAGAAGGCAAUCAUGCACAGCUGGCAUACAAAUGUUCUCUGUGCUAUGGAAACAUUGGCUCAGUUUUCAUGUAAUGCUCAUGCAAAUCACAACUUAGUAUGACUCCUUAAGUCUGUAGGAUCCUAAAGAAGAGUUUGUUUGUUUGUUUGUUUGUUUGUUUGUUUGUUUGUAUAUACCCCGCUCAUCUGGCUGGGUUUCCCCAGCCAAUCUGGGUGGCUUCCAACAGAACACUAAAAACAGAAUAAAACUUAAAACAUUAAAAACUUCCCUAAACAGGGCUGCCUUCAGAUGUCUUCUAAAAGUCCGAUAGUUGUUUAUUUCUUUGACAACUGAUGGGAGGGCAUUCCACAGAGAGGGUCUCACUACCAAGAAGGCCGUCUGCCUGGUUCCCUGUAACUUCGCUUCUAGUAGUGAAGGAACCGCCAGAAGGCCCUCGGCGCUGGACCUCACUGUCCGGGCAGAACAAUUGGGGUGGAGAUGCUCCUUCAGGUAUACUGGGCUUUAAAGGUCAGUACCAACACUUUGAAUUGUGCCCGGAAACGUACUGGGAGCCAAUGUAGGUCUACAUGUAGAUUACAGCUGUUUGGUUAUGCCAUGGUUUGGCUGAGCAUGUAGUCCAAACUCAGACUCGUGGCUUUUCUCCGCCAUACAAACCAUGAGCAAAGAACAAACCUUUCUUUGUUUGAAGUAAAGUAAACCACAAGCCCAGGUUCAAUUAACACACAAAUCCAAACCACAUUUUACCUCACAUCAGAACAGCAGCAGCAGGACCAGAGAAGGAGCAAACAGGCUGUGAUCUCCUCUCUGGGAACCUGCACACUUAAGCCAUGGUUUGUCUUAGCGUUAGUGUGAACCGGAUCUUUGUCUAGGAUGUGCAAUAUUGGCCAGCAGCAGGCAAAACAGUAGUGAGUGCUCUUACUCAAAUAUCGCCUUCUCUCCCCCUCCCCGCCACCGUGUUUACUUAUGGAUGAAGAUGACACAACAGAUAAAUAAAGGCUUGAUUCUUUCUACUAUGGAUGGUUAAGCUCAGAUUAAAUACACAUGAUUUAUGCACAGUAAUACUUCUGUACUUCCAGAGAAUAGGGAAGUUGUGAAUUGUUUUAUGAUGACUCACACCAAGGUUAUCUCUAGCCCUAUAUUGUCAACCUUGAAUUUGUGCACCUCUCAAACAUCACAGGUGAAGGUCUUAACCUGCUUUUAAGAAAGAUCCUUUUGCAGGAGAUCUCUCUGAGCACUGAGAGUAGGGCUUUGUUCAUACGAGGUAGGUGUUCCGGUACUGAGACAUUGCUCCUCCCUGAGUAAGAUCUUCUUGGCCUGAAACUAUCAGUCCCUGAUAGCAAUUUCCACAGACUCAACAGUGUAAACAUCGUAUUUCAUGAAAGCUUUGUUUUUGCCCUUUCGGAAAUCGUAUGGAGCAUAACCUUUCAAUAUGAAAUGCCCAUAUCUGUGAUGGGAGAAGAGAACGACAGCAGCCCAUAUGCUUUCCCAGCAUUUCUGAUUAUCCUACAACUUUGAUCAUGAGCACUUUCAGGGGAAAAAUAAUCUCAGGCUUUCUGCUCUUGGCCAUUGAAGUCCCUGAGAUUAAAGGAACCCCCUGGAGCCCUGAGACUCAGGGGGCAUCCAUGCUUUCAAGUCUGCUCAAAGCAUUCCACUGCUCAGGCCACCAAGGUCAGACCCCUGUUCAAUAUGGCCCCUUUGCCAUUCUUUCACACACUAUGUAUAACCAUUAGUACACCCUUCCCUGUUCCUUCUGCCCUUCCUCUUGGGGAGUUUAUCUGUCUCUGAUGAGAAACUCCCCAAGAGGAAGGGCAGAAGGAACAGGGAAGGGUGUACUAGUGGUUAUAUAUAGCCCAUGUUCAGCUGGAAUUGCCAAUAAUUUGGAUCAUGAUUUCCUCACCAGGGCUAGGGUUCAAAGAGUAUCGCAAGGUUGUUCAACACUGGCGCACGCAUCUGGGUUUCUCGGUUUCUUUUUUCCUCAUUUCAGCUCCAUGCAGGGCACUUUUUAACAUAUUUUUACAUGCCAUCCCAGUCUCUGCUGAGUGGCUGCGCAAGAGUCCAGGCCCUCAUCCAGGGUUGUGAUUCCGUUGGCAAAUUAAGGCACAGCAAAGACUAAUGUCUUUAGGAAAUGUGGCUUAUUUGAACCUAAAGUCUUCAAUGGAGAGAGUUCAGAUGCACCAGUGCAGGACUGGAGUCCAAGGCAUCCUGCACACCAUCUCUGCGCCUCUGUCCUAACCUGCCAAGAUGGUUCUGCCCUGCAUGGCCUAUGCCUAGAGUUCUAGCUCUACCCUUUUCCUUCCCAAACACCCUCACCAGGAAAAACCCAAGCCUUGUGUAAAGCAGCAUUUCCCCCCCUGUCUGCACAGCCCACCCCUCCCGUGUUUUCCUAUGUCAUGGAAGAUGAACUCCCCACUCUGUCCACCAGCAAAGAAUCUCUUGUCCUGCUGAUGACUUGCUUCAGCACCUUUUGUCAUUCUUUGUUAUUCUAUCCCAAGUGGGGCCCUGGCCUCGAGAAGAAGUUUAGCCUGUGUUUUUCACUGAUUUGGCAUCGUCCCUUCAAUAAUUUCUGGCAUUGAAAGCCCCCCCCCCCCAAAAAAAAUUCUGUUACCCCAAAUCUGUAACAAUAUAAAGUGCAAGGGAAAUCCUCUCCUAGUCCUCUUGAAUCAUCCUCCCCCCCUGAAAAAAAAUCCAAAAUGUCCUCCUGAAGUGCCCUUUUAAUUCCUCUUGGCCCAGGUUUAGGGAAAACAAAAUACAAAUGUAGAUGCUAUCUGUGUUUUCCUCUAGACUCUGUGAUUUAGGAUUUACCAUCCUGUUUCAGCCUAUAUGGCUUAGCCUUGUUCAAGGUGCGCUCGCUCUCGCUCUCUCUCAUGCAAACACACACACAAAAUUUUUGGAAAAAUCAAAUGCACAAGGCUGUAUUUGACAAAUGUUGAGUGUGUGACAAAUAUCAUGUCCAAUUUGACCCUGAGCACCUCUGUUAAGUAAACACUGAAGAAAACUUUUAUUUAUUAUUUAUUUAUUUUCUUUCUUUAUUUAUUUAUUUAUUUAUAUUUUUUUAAAAAAUCUCAAAGUGGUUUACAGCAUAUUAAAUCAAUAAAACAAUCUGAAGUAAGUCAAAUAUAGAGUAUACAGUCAAAGCAAUAUAACAGGAAACUAAAAUAUUAUCUUAAAGAUUUCAAAAUAGAACAUUACAAAGGAGGUCAACUACAGAAUACAUACCGGUAUUUAACGUAGUAGGGCUAGGUGAGUCUGGGCCCCGCCCCCUAGGCCAGUUGGAAAAGGCCUUGCAGGGAGCGGCCUUCACGCCUCAAAGCCGGAUGAUGUUCCUCUGGCCUCAUGAGGAGCCUCUUCAGUAGAACUGGUGAGUCUGGGCCUCACCCAGACUUUUCCACUUCGAUUUCAGAGGAUGAGAGGUGUUUUUGAAAAAAAAAUGUUCCAUCUCCAAUUACCAUGCAUUAGCUGACAUAGUUGUGUGUGUGUUUUACUCUUUGGCAGCUGAGGAGAGUAUCCCUGAGUAUGCGCUGAGUGCAUUUCUAUUUAACUGAGUAACAAUGUAACCAGGCCAAAUUGAUUGGGCUUUCUGAGCUUCAGGCCCUCAGAUGACAGGAAGGCAAGCUCUUAUCCUUGCUCUAAAUGGCUUAAUAUUGCAGAUGAAGAUCAUAAACAGUGGAAUCAAGAAGACAGCAUGGCCAUCUGAUGUCCAUUUUUGCAGGGAAAGUGCCUCUGGCCACUUGGAAACAGCACUGUGAUUCCUUCCCUUAUUCCUUCCAUUAUUAUGAAACAUUAAACACCUGUUUUUAGUGAGCUUCUGUGCUCUUUCCCUUUGCCCUGACUUUCCGCACUGCACAGUGUCUCUGGGCAAGUCAGCAUUUUCCUUUCUCUUCACAUACCUGGAUUAUCAGAGAGAUUUUUUUUGCUUACAUCAACUCACCGGUCCUGUUCUUUUUUUCUUUUCUUUUUUACAUCAUUCAGCCCCAUUCCAUUGACUUCAUGAUGCUAAUCUUGAAUUCCCAGAGCUUCUGGUCAUUUUCAGGAAAUGCAAGGAUUAUUGAGGCCCCUAGGAAACAAGGCGAAUAAAUACUUAGCAGAACACUCUAAGAAGAAAAUGCUCAAAAGAGAGCAUGGCUUUCUUUCCCACAACCCUUUCUCCACCUUGCAGCCCAGAGGUUCAGGAGCAGAAAACAGGAGGGUCUCAGGGACAGAAAGGUGAGAGCUUUGAUCUUGACUAUUCCAUCCAUUUUUGUUUAACCUUUAUUUCUUAAAUGUUUUGAAUUACAUAGAAAUGCCAAAAAAAAGUAUCUACUAUAAAAAGCUGUCUCAACCGUGCAGUACAAAUACUGACUUCAGUAUUUUAUAACAGAAUGCAAUCUUUUGUUUACCAUUUGAAGUCACUUUUUCUGUCAGGACUGGAGUUGGUAGAAAGGGGACCAUUAACAGGAAUGUGACCACAGCCUGGGCAGUACAGGUUAUGGCAUAAGUGUGGUCUUCUCUUGUGCCAUCUGCAUCUGCAUCCCAUUAUGGAUGUUCUGCCUACAUAUCUUCACCAGCAGAACAGCCCCAACCCUGGAAUAUUCUGCUGGUGUGUCCUUUGAGUUGGCAGUUUAUCUCAGGGAUUGUGCCCUAAAGCAGAAACAGCCAACUUGGGAGCAGCUGUCCGGCAGGAAUCGAACUCUUGUAUCACAAGGGGUUUGGACUAGAUGACCCUUGGGUUCCUUCCAGCUCUACAGUUCUAUGAUUCCAUGAUACCUUCCAGAUGUUGUUGCACUCCAGCUUGCAUCAGCCCUGACCAUUGGCCAUGCCAGCAGGAGUGGAGGAGAGCUGGACUCCAACCAAUUCUGGAGGGGACCACUUUGACUACCCCUGCCCUAAGGAGAUUCUGCUGCUAAUUUUAUAACCAAACAUUCAUUUCCAUACAGCAUCUGAAACAUACUUGGAAUAAAAGUAAGUAUUUGAUGUUCUUCCUUCCCAGUGUAUACAGUGGUACCUGUGCUGUGAUUUAAAUAGGACUACACCAAAGUAAACAGUGGCUUCCUACAUAGUGGCAUGUUAAUGUUUUGCUUUUAUUUAUUUAUGUCGUCAGAACAUUGUAUUUGAUCAGUUAAGGGGAUACGAUUGCAAUAGGAGAAUCUUUCAAUAAGAGCAAAGUGCUCCAUUUAUCUAUGCAGCAGAGAGUUUAUGAAACAAUUGCUUCUGUAUUUGAGUGCCAAGAGUGUUCAGAAAGGUUAUUUGUAUAGUGUGCAGGUCUCAGUCAAUAAGUGGAGUAUUAAUUUCUGUUGAGAUAUGAAGUUCUUUUUUUAAAAAAAAAAAUGAGGCUGCUUCUAUCCCAAGACUCCCCCUUCAUAUAUCUAUAUAUCUAGAUCUAGAUCUAGGGGGCAUGUAACAUUUGCUGGUGACAAUUCUCAUUCUGAUCCCAACUAAUCCAUCCCACAUUCUCAUAUUAUCUCAAACUAUAACAGCACAACUUCACUGAUGCUGUUGGAACUAUUUCCAGCACUGCUGGACAUCGAUUUGGCUUCACUUAUUGUAGUGGAGAUAUUGGUGUUUCUCAAACAUACUCUUGUUUUAUAAGAAAAGUGUUGAAAUCACCAGUCAUUUGUUAGCUCUUUUAAAAAAGAAAAUGAACCAAGCUUUUUUUCAACUUCAUACCUUUCCAAAUUACAAAAUAUUCUAUAAAAUUCCUUCUGGUCGGCCCUGUUUUGCAUUCAGAGGGUUUCAGGUUCAAUCCCUGGCAACUACUACUGGAGAGCCACUGUAAGUCUGUGUAGACAAUACUAAGCAAAAUGGACCAGUGGUCUGACUUGGUAUAAAACUGCUCCCUGUCUUCCAGGAACAAAUAGCACAAUGACCAUUAAAAGUAAGGAAGAAAUGAGAUCAGUUGCUAUGAAGUAAAUUUAUUAAUUUUUUUAUACUAAUCUAGAAUCCACCUGUUAAUGUUGUUGGAAGUACCACAGCAGAGAUCGUUCAGAUUAUGAUUUAAGACAUGGGUAGGCAAACUAAGGCCCGGGGACCAGAUCCGGCCCAAUUGCCUUCUAAAUCCGGCCUGUGGACGGACCAGGAAUCAGAGUGUUUUUACAUGAGAAGAAUGUGUGCUUUUAUUUAAAAUGCAUCUCUGGGUUAUUUGUGGGGCAUAGGAAUUCAUUCAUUAUUAUUUUUUGAAAUAUUGUCUGGCCCACCACAUGGUCUGAGGGACGGUGGACCGGCCCACGGCUGAAAAAGGUUGCUGACCCCUGAUUUAAGAGUUCACUUAUCAUUAGAAGCAAGGAUGAGGUUCCUGUUCCUGUUGUCAUAGACUGAUGAAAUAAAAAUUAUGAGUUUGUACAUAAGGGUACCAAAAAUAUGAUAAAUCGUUUGGAUUGUUUGAACUCAGUGGUGGUGGGCAGCAGCUUGAAGGCAUCUGGAAAAUGUGUAUGCUGGCAAAGCAGCCAAUUCUAGCAUGGACAUUAAAAGAUUGGGAUUUGAAUUACAGUAUUCUUUUAUUCGGUGCUUGUCAUUUGGUCCUUGGUCUUAACUUUCAGCUAGCUGGUAAAGAGAUCAUACAACACUGGCAUCAGAUAUACUGAGGAAGUUCGCUUGGCUCCUGCGUUAUCUUAUAGCUCUGGUUGUCAUAACUCUAUUGUGAACCUGCACAUGACAGUAGACGGAAGUACAAACACUCAUAGCCUCAGUUCCAGAACACUUACUGUGCACAUGAAGACAGACUCCCUUCAAGCAAAGUCAGAAUUCUACAAAUCCACCAGAAUAAUUAUGGCAAGAGGUACCCCCUACUCAUACCUACUGUUUUUGAUUAUUAUUACUUAUAUAUUACUGAAGGCUUUUCCAUUUGCCUUCUCUCUGGGGCGAAGCUGGGCAGCUGUAGCUGCUGCUGCUACAGUAAUAAUAAUAAUAAUAAUAAUAAUAAUAAUUUAUUUCUAACACCCCCCCCCACACACACACACACAUCUGGCUGGGUUUCCCCAGCCACUCCGGGCAGCUUUCAACAGAACAUUGCAAACAGAAUAAAACUUCAAACUUUAAAAACUUCCCUAAACAGAGCUGCCUUCAGAUGCCUUCUAAAAGUCAUAUACAGUGGUACCUCAGAUUAAGUACUUAAUUUGUUCCGGAGGUCCGUUCUUAACCUGAAACUGUUCUUAACCUGAAGUACCACUUUAGCUAAUGGGGCUUCCUGCUAUUGCCGCGCGGCCGGAGCCCGAUUUCUGUUCUUAUCCUGAAGCAAAGUUCUUAACCUGAAGCACUAUUUCUGGGUUAGUGGAGUGUGUAACCUGAAGCGUAUGUAACCCGAGGUACCACUGUAGUUGUUUAUUUCCUUGACAUCUGAUGGGAGGGCAUUCCACAGGGCAGGCGCCACUACCGAGCAGGCACUCUGCCUGGUUCCCAGUAACCUACCUAACUCUUGAACCCUUGGCACAUGCUUAGGGAGGGGCAGAACCACCACACCAAAGCUGGGAGAAACUGCCUCUCUGCCUCAGAGGAGUAGCAGCUGUGGAAGAAAACUGGGGGGGGGGGAUGCACAGUGGGGCCGGUCUCACACGCCCAGGAAAAAAGAAGGCCCGUGACCUCCUCUCCUCUCCCCCCCCCCCAACUUGAUGGACUACUCCAGUGUCACCUCAGAUCCAAAGAACAGCAUUAAGGCCAUAAUGAACUGAGUAACAGAUCCUGAAGCACGAAAGGUCAUGGGCUGCCCAUGCACAAGUUCCUUAGGGAGAGCCUUUCCUCCUCCUUUCCUUUCCCACCAGCUGACACAACACUCCCUUCCCCACAUCCAGCCCUUUAACUAAGCGAUAGAACUACCAGAGAGCCCUCCUCGUGGCACCACCAGCACGCAGCUCGCCAUCUCAACUCCUCCCCACUUUCCUCCUCCCUUCAGCCAGCUGGGACCCCGCCGCCAGGUGCAGCCUGUCACACACACACGCACACCCUUUCCUUCAGCAGUACUCAAGCAGCAAGAUGUCUUAGGCCAACCCUGCAACUACUAUUUUAAUGCAUUGAGUACCAAUACCAAUACACAAUACUUUCAGUUGCAAGGGCAUUUGCAACUGAAUGCAAUUGGAAGAAACCUUUUGAAAAGGCCAGCUUUCAAGCAAGUGCAGUAAAAGAUAUUUCAAAGCUCUGUAGAUUCCAUUUAUUCCAUCUUGUGCCACGUCAACGCUGCGCUGCUUGUUGCGUCCUGUGAACUAAGGUGCUGGCUAGCUUCCACAAAACUUAACAUCAGGCAUGAUCUCAGCUACCGUCUUCCUGAGAUUCCAGCUAAUACCACGCCUCUUCUCCUUGCUUCUCAUAACUAUGUUUUAGUUCUCUAUCAGUGUAUGCCAGAUGUGAAGGAAAUGAGCUGACCUUACAAAUAAAUAUCUUGUUUGUAUUUGUUUUGGGAUUAUGGGGUUAAGCUGUUGGAUGACAUGCAUCUUUGCCCAUCCGGAAAAACAAGUUGAUAGGUGACACAGUUUAAUUUGAACAGAAUGCUGUAGAUAUAGUUUAGUGGCUACAGCUAGGUUGUGGGUGUGGCCUACCUUGCUAUAACAAGCUCUGACACACUUUACCCCUUGGAGAGGGAGGGGCAAUUCACGCCAUCCUGACUCCUGUCUUGGCUGCUUUCCCAGCUAGUAAGAUUUUGUGUGCCUGUUUUUUGACUGCCUCGGUUAGUUUGUUCUGUGAGGUAUUUGCCGGCAGGUAAGAGAGUAUUUCUGCUGAUUGCAGUAUUGGGCAUUGUCUGAUUCCUGAGUAGAUACAGCAGGGGUUUUGGUGUGGACCAGGAUUGUCUUGCUAGAAGAACAAGCUUUACCAUGGACAGCGAGGUCAACUGUGGCAGAAUUGUCCCCAAAAGGGGUGACUCCAAACACAUCACGUAGGUCACACCCUUGAUAUAGUCUUUGCCCCAAGUGAUAUGAGGGAUGCACUGUUAUCUGGUACAGUUUGGACGGAUGGUGGCAGUUUCCUCCUGAAAGGGUGGUGGUCAAGUUUGGAUGGCCCACCCUCAGACCUUGAGGAACCUAAUGUGUUGCUGCAUACUCUGGGGGGUUUUCCAGCAGAGAAAGGAGACAUUCCUGUCAAAGCCUUGGUCUUGCUAUGGAAUGGUGAGAUGAAACAACUGGCUGACAUGAUUGCUUCCAAGCAUCCUCUCUGGCAUUGUGGAGCCCAAGUGGUCCCUUGGUAUUCUGGGCUAUGAAACAGGCCAGGUGAGGACUAGGGCAUAAGCAGUACAAGUCUCAAUCUGAUGUCAACCAAACAUUGGUUGGAGCACGUAAUUGUGGCUACCACGUAGCAGUGUAGGGUGCGUAAGAAGGCUCAUUCUCCAGCUUGCAUAACAUCCUCUAGUAUCCAGCUGGUGUAGUUGUUUCAGAUGGUUUGAAAGUUACUGACUUUCGCUGUGGGGGAGGAGCCUUUGGAACAUUGGAAGACCUACUGUGCCCCACUGGCUACACACUUUGAGGUUAAAGUCACUCAACUUUGGAGUGACCUUGACUCUGCUUGCACAAUAGGACUUCCCUCUCUCCUCCCCAUGUACCCCCACGGAUCCUCCAAUCUGCUCUAGAGGACUGGGCAGCCCCCAGAACAGGUUUAGCAGGCAGGGAAUGGGGGGAAGUCUUGUGUUGGGGGUUGGAGGGGAGAAGUCUAGUUGUGCAAGAAGGCCUCUUUCCCCACGUACCCCACAUGGUGCUACAUUGGAUUCUACCCAUUGUGCUUUACAAUGCAUUUGCUGUCUAUAUGUAUGGGUACAAUUGCUUUAAUUUCCUAUUGUUAUCCUUCCAGGUGUUGAGUGGUGGGUGGGCAAGGGUUCCAUAACCUAGAAUAUGCUCCUAGCUCUAGCCAUUAUUUCUUUGAUCUCAGCCUUUACCCUAGGAGUAGUUAACCUCCAUAUAUUGUUUGACUACAACUCCCAUAAUACAUGAAUAUUAGGCAUGUUGGCUGGGGCUGAUGGGUGUAGGAGUCCAGCAAUAUUUGGAGGACCACAUAUUGGUCACUCCUUGAUUAACCCCAUCAGGCUCUCUUCUGAUGUCACUAGAGUGAAGCAGCAGUCGAUGAAACCAGAAACGGUGUGUUGAAUAUUGAGGCAUUCUUUGUAUGAAUCAGCAACCAUGUGGUCUGAGCACUUCCAGGGAUAACAGUGAGUCUCCAGUGAGAAUUUCCCAUGUCUACAAAGGAAAGUCCUAAGCUAAGUCAUAAGUUGAAGGAAGAGAGGCGACUAGUUAGUGGAAGAGCACAUUCAUAGCAUGGGAAAUUCCCACCCAUAUUUGCUCCCUGGAUUUCCAGUUAAAUGACUCAGCAGGUAAUGGGAAAACCAUUUUCUCUGUCUGAGAUUCUGGAUAAUAUGCAUCACAGACAAGGAGUAGGGAACCUGUGGCCUUUUGGGUGUUGCUGGACUACAACCCCCAUUAUCCCUGACCAUUGGCCAUGCUGGCUAGGGCUGAUGAGACUUUCCAACAUCUGGAAAGUCACCCAUUCUGGGCUAGAUGGACAAAUAUCUUGACCUGAUAUAAGGCAGCUUCAUAUAUCCUACGUAUAUCAUCUGACUCUUAUUUCUUCCUUCCAGAUUCUGACCAGGAAAGUGUGCAUAUCCAUCCCUCUUCUAUUUUGA